GCCAUCAACAAGUAUCGGGUUGUGAUGGUGAAGUUCGAGAGCCCUGGCGACACGAAGUGCAAGGCGCUGUCGAAGAUCUACGACAAGGCCGCGAAGGCGCUCAAGAAGGCGAGCACGGACGGCCCUCGCCUCGCCAAGGUGGACUCCGUCGCGGAGGCGGAGCUGAAGGCCAAGUACAAGGUGAAAGACCACUGCACCUUUCUGGUCUUCAAGGACGGCAACGAGACGGGCGCCUACACGGGGCCCUACGGGAAGGCGGACAUCGUCGACUACAUGCACAGCCUCAUGCUGCCACCUGGCGUAGGCGAAGUCGUGCGGGCGUGGCUCGUCGUCCGCAGCAAGAUUGAGGCUGUCGUCAACCUCGCGCCUGGCCCGGUCAGGAAGCUGACGCGCCUCUUCGCUGCUCCCCCCCUGAGGGUCCCCCCUGCACGGUGA